AUGGGUAGAUCACCAGAAGAAACCCAACCAUUGGUUGGUGGAGGAGGAGGAGGAAAAUCAGAUCCAUAUAGUUUUAUGUAUCCAGGUAGUGGUAGUAUUUCAACAUUAAAUAUUAAUGGUAGUUCAAAUUCAUACCCAUUGGAUAAUGUACUUCAACAUAAAGGUUCAGAUUAUAUUGGUGAAAAUAAUGAUGUAUUAGUAGGAACAGAGGCUAAAAUGGUUUUAACAGGUGAAGUUGAAAAUAAAAAAGUUUUAGAUGGUUCUGAUGAACAUAAAAUUGGUCAAUUAUUUUCAACAGCAAUUUGUGGUAACGAUAUUACAAGUUCAAUUUUUUAUACAUCAUCAUUAUGUACAGCAGCAGCAGGAAAAUAUGCACCAGUAUCAUUGAUUUUAGUUUGUAUUGUACUUUAUUUAUUUAGAAAAGUUUAUGGUGAAGUUGGUAGUGCAUUACCAUUGAAUGGUGGUGCAUAUAAUGUACUUUUGAAUACAACAACCAAACAAGUAGCAGCUUUGGCUGCAGCAUUAACAAUGAUUUCAUAUAUGGCAACAGCGGUAGUUAGUGCAUCAAGUGCCAUGUCAUAUUUAAAGGUGUUAUGGGAGGGAUGUGAUGUUUAUUGGGCAACUAUUAUAUUAUUGGGUGGAUUUGCAGCAUUAAAUUUAAUUGGUAUCAGUGAGAGUGCAGUGGUAGCCUUUGGUAUUUUCGCACUUCAUAUGUUAACAUUGGCAAUGUUUGUAAUUGGUGGUUUCGUAUUGUUUUUCAUUCAACGUGAAAGCACAUUCCAAAUCAUUCGUGACAAUUGGUAUAAUCCAGAAGGAAAUUGUCCAGUGGGUACACCAACACCAUAUUAUUUUGGAAAGAAUUUCGCAGAGGCAAUUUACUUUGGUUUUGGUGCUGCAAUGUUGGGUGUGACUGGUUUUGAAACAAGUUCCAAUUUCAUCGAACAACAAGAACCAGGAGUUUUCCCAAAAACACUUAGAAACAUGUGGUUUAUCGUAUCGAUUUUCAAUCCAUUAAUUGGGUUUUUAAAUCUUUGUUUCAUCCCAGCUUGCGAGAUCGCCUCCGAUACAUCUGGUGGUAUUUUAGCAAAGGUUGCAGGCAAGGCAUUUGGUGCAUGGUUCGAGAAAUGGGUUGGUAUCGAUGCUGUGUUGGUUUUAUCAGGUUCAGUUAUCACAAGUUAUGUUGGUGUCAUUGGUUUGGUUCGUCGUAUGGCUUUGGAUCGUGUUUUACCUCAAUUCUUAAUUCAAACUAAUCCAUGUAGAAAAACAACCCAUUGGAUCAUUGUUCUCUUCUUUGUGAUUUGCUCUUCACUUUACAUGUUGGUCGAUGGUGAUACCACUACAUUGGCCGGUGUUUAUACAUGUGCUUUCUUGGGUGUAAUGUCAUUGUUUGCCAUUGGUAAUAUGUUGUUGAAAUAUAAACGUUCCUCACUUCGUAGAGAUAUUAAGUCACCAUGGAUUGGCGUAUUGAUUGCAUUGUUUUCCGUUAUUCUUGGUUUAAUUUCAAAUAUUAUCAAGGAUGAUUCAAUCGUUUACUACUUUGGUAUUUACUUUGGUGUUACCAUUUUCAUUAUCAUGUUAAUGUUUAUUCGUGCACGUAUUCUCAAGUUAUUCCUUUUCUUCACUCAAAUCAUUCUAAGUGGUGCUGGUCGUGAUCGUGUUGCUCGUUGGAUUGGUGAUGUCAUUAAAAAGAUUAACUCUCAACCAGUUGUCUUCUUUGCUUCAAAGGAUGAUCCAGCCUAUUUGAAUAAAGCCAUCCUUUACAUUCGUGAUAAUGAACAAACCAAUUGGGUUAGAGUCGUACAUUGUUGUAAUGAAGAAGAAUCAACCGAUUCUUUCUCUUCAACUAUGGAAUUCUUAGAUAAAUGUUAUCCAAAGAUUAGAUUAGAUCUCAUUCGUGUCAACGCUGAAUUCAAUGCUUCCACUGUUCAAAAGAUCUCUCAAGAAUUAAAGAUUGACUUAAACUUUUGUUUCGUAUCUUGUAUUAAAGACCGUGAUGAUGGUGAUCCUUCAAUGAUUCCAGUUACAGUUGGUGAUCUUGGUGGUGUUAGAAUGAUUACUUCAGCUUAA